CUGUUUGUGCUCUCAUUGUGUCAAUAUGUCUGUAACACAAGAACUCCAGCAUGUGUAACAGAACCAUGGGUGGGAUAUGCAAUAUAUUUUUAUGAUUCUGUAAGGAAACCAUCUGCUCUGUCAUUAAUUCAUUGAUAUAAAUGAAUCUGUUAUCUAAUACGAUAUCCCAUGCUACAGCAUGUCUUAGUUUUGUAGACCAGGACUGUCCCCCUACAGCCUCGGUAUACCUCUCUGUGUCUACUGUCCCGUUAUACAUCACAUAUGGCUGAGCUAAGUUGACCUUUGUCAUCUCUAUCACAGACAAAGCUUCUGGGUAUCUGAGUGUCUUGUAAUAAUAUAUUGCAAUGUACAACCUGUCAGAAAUACACCCAAACUUGGCUGUGAGUUUCAACUUGUGACAGAACAUUCUGUCAGCAAUAUACAUCAGCUUGUUUUCAGUGCUGCUAUACAUGUUUUGUAAUAAAAAAGCAACUCUGUGAAGGAGGGAGGCCGUAUGUACCUGUAACAGGAGAAGUUGAUACUGUGUCAGGGGUGAGACUGUCAACUGAUCUACUGUGUUUAGGCGUCUCAUACUGACGUAGAGGUUUAAUGAGGGCAGUACAUGGUUUCCAUAUAUCUCCGCAAACAUUUCCCUAUCAAACUGGAUCUCAGAUACCAGAGUGUGUUCAUCAAUACAAAUAUUGAGUCUGGGGUUAUAAAGGACAUUCAUGAUAUAAGACCUGAGGGAGGGACUGUGUAGCAAGGAUGCUAAACCUAUUUCAUAAAAACCAAAGAGUCUAACAAAUAAUCUGUUUUGUGCUUCACCGUGAAUAUUACUGAGAAACAUGUUGUUUUCUGGAAUGAAAAAGUUAGGACAGACUCCCUCAUACACCCAUUUAAGGAUGAGUUUAAAGCAGUACCAGAAACAUUUCAGGAGAUUCUGUGGACACCAGUUAGAAAUCCUAGUAAUCAGUGGUCAGCGGGUACGCAGGAUGGCGAAUCUCAGAUGCACACUUAUUGCUUUAUUCAUAUCAGUAUAUCUUGUGGAGACUAAGAGCGUGGGUAAGCGCAGCGUAUUUCAGAUGUGCGAGCUGGUGCAGUUCUACACCCAGAAUUCUUGCUAUCUUUACAAUGACUACGGAUGUUUCUGUGGUUACGGGCAGGUCGGCUACAAGGAAGUAGACAGAGUGGAUGGAUGCUGUAGGAAACACGAUUCCUGUUACGGGAGAGUAAAUUGUUUCUUUGGAGCACAGUUCGUUCCAUUUGGUUCAUCGUGCAACUCCACAACAAACGAAUGCCAUUGCACAGACUCGUUUGGUUCCUGUGCGCGGGAUGUAUGCGAGUGUGACCUAGCAUUUGCAUCCUGUCUCAGAGGUCAGCCCGUACACGAUGUGUUUUUGAACUACGACCGAACCCAGUGUAAGCUUUCUCUUCCACGACUUGUAGGCCAAGACUGACUUUGUACCUUCUUAAUAAAUAUCAUGGUGACUACA